GCGCUCUGCCCAUCGCCUCCCGGACUGGGAAUUGACCUUUUAUUAUUAGUGGUGUUAUUGUCGUCUGGCGCCAUGGACGCGACCAUCUACCAGAUCAUAUUCGGAGAGCUCGGGGAUCUGAACUGUAGUUUGAUGGAAGCCUUCCAGGACACUUUUUUGGAAAACGCUUCAUUGCCAUUUCUGAGCACUGAUGGUUUUUAUUGCAAUGCCACGACCGAUGAGAUUGGAACGUGCUGGCCGCGAACCAGCACCGGCAGGAUCGUGGAGACACCCUGCCCUGAGUACAUCAACGGGGUGAAGUACAACACAACCAGGAGUGCUUACAGGGAGUGCAUGGAUAAUGGGACGUGGGCGUUGAAGAGCAAUUACUCCAAUUGUGAGCCUAUUUUGGAGGAGAAGAGGAAGUAUCCGAUGCAUUAUAAAGUGGCGCUGAUCAUCAACUACCUUGGCCACUGUAUCUCCGUGGGAGCUCUAGUCGUGGCCUUCAUUCUCUUCUUGUGCUUAAGGAGCAUUCGAUGUCUUCGAAACAUCAUCCACUGGAAUUUGAUCACCACCUUCAUCCUGAGGAAUGUUAUGUGGUUUCUGCUUCAGUUGAUAGAUCACAAUAUUCAUGAGAGCAACGAGCCUUGGUGUCGGUUGAUAACGACAAUAUACAACUACUUUGUGGUGACCAACUUUUUUUGGAUGUUUGUUGAAGGAUGUUACCUCCACACAGCCAUCGUAAUGACUUAUUCGACCGAUAAGCUCAGGAAGUGGGUCUUCCUCUUCAUCGGCUGGUGUAUUCCCUUUCCAAUAAUAGUAGCCUGGGCCAUCGGAAAGUUGUACUACGAAAACGAACAAUGUUGGUUUGGUAAAGAACCUGGGAAAUAUAUGGAUUAUAUUUAUCAGGGACCAGUUAUUCUGGUUCUUCUGAUAAAUUUUGUUUUCCUCUUCAACAUAGUGAGAAUUCUCAUGACCAAACUACGAGCUUCCACUACGUCUGAGACGAUACAAUACAGAAAAGCCGUGAAAGCAACACUGGUCCUGCUUCCUCUGCUGGGCAUCACCUACAUGCUGUUCUUUGUGAAUCCGGGGGAGGACGACAUCUCACAGAUCGUUUUCAUCUAUUUCAACUCCUUUCUACAGUCGUUUCAGGGGUUCUUCGUGUCUGUGUUCUACUGCUUUCUAAACGGAGAGGUGCGUUCAGCGGUAAGGAAGCGAUGGCACCGUUGGCAGGACAACCACGCUCUCCGAGUGCGAGUGGCACGAGCCAUGUCCAUCCCCACGUCUCCGACCAGGAUCAGCUUCCACAGCAUCAAACAGACCACAGCCGUGUGACCAGGGGUGACAAGCACAUCCUGUAAUCUCCUCCUCAGCCUCCGAGGGAACUUACUCACUCAUCAACACAAGGGAGUGAUUAACAGAACAGACUGAUGUGAGCCGGAGUGUGUCCAAUGUCACUGGAGCCCCGGGAUAUUUCAUUUCUUGGUGUGUGGAGGAAAAUGAAUAGCAUCAAAAAUCACACUUAAACUGCACAUAAAACAAAGUGGACAUGUACAUUUCCCCUCGUUACUCACUAGAUUUAAGUGUCAUCUGUCCCUUGUUAUCAUCUUACUGCCUGGUGGUCAUUAGAGGAGCCGGAUAAUCCUGCAGGAUUUGCAGAAGGAUACUUUCCACACUUGCAGGCACGUGGGUCCAUUGUUACGUUGAGGGACUGAGUUUGACUAGUAUGCAUUCACAGCGUUGCCAGAACAUCUAUUUGUAUUUAGCGUGACGAACAUCAAAAUGCAAACAUGCUCUUUGAAUGAACUGCUCCUCGGCACCAACAGCUGCUUCUGACAGCCGGAGAAGAAGCUUUGGGGAAGGAGGUGAAUCACCUGAAUUAAAUAUAAUGAUAAAAAACUAUAGAGGAUAAAGGGCGAAGGGUUUGAAAGAGCCACUGCUCUCUGCAGUGUAAGAAAAGUGUGAAGUGAAGAAUUGGUGUUCACCUCAACACAAUCUGAGCAAGUGUACACUUUGGUCAGUGGGAUCAUUUUAUACAAAGAAGCCAUUUUAAUGGAGCCUCUAUAAUGUUUCCUCAGAGGAGGCCUCUCUUUCAAGUUUGUUCUUUCAUUAAAUGUCGAAUUGGAAAUCUCAUAUCAUGUUGUUUUAAACAUUCUUUAAAUGGAUACCCACAAGCUAAACUCUUGCUCCAGAUAUUUGAUUCUGCCUUUAUUUUGUUUUGGAAUUCCCUCCAUGAUGGUGGUUGGUGGACAGCCCCAAAUUAAAGCCCUCCUUCGGACGAGUAGAGAUGAGAUUUAGUUUAAAGCAAUUUAUGUAAUGUAUACUGUGUGUGUUAUGUGCCAUGCAUGGAUUUAUUGCGCGGGCACGGCGGAAGCAGAUUAAAACAUCCUUUAGCCCUAUGAGAUCCGUGCAGCUUUCUCGUAAUCAGAGCCGCAGCUGUAAGCCGCAGAGAGGAGCCUGAUAAAGUGAGCACCGAUUGCUUCCCCUAAACAUUUGACCCGGUCAGAUCAACAUGUCAACUCUCACAUCUGCUGCAGGCUGCUCAAACAGACAGGGAACGACCAUGUGUGCAGGGACACACAAACAAACCUGCAAGAAGACGGAGGGGAUAUUCUAUCAGUGAUUCAAAAACACCUGAUGAAUGAAGCUUGAUGCUGAUGUUUCUGUGUUUGACUGUUUCCGCUGCUGAGACUGAAACUGGUGCAGGUUCACGUAGACUUUCACCGAAUCGUGCAUCCAACUCUUGGCAAGAAUGUACAUAAGAAGAUUCCCCCAAUUGACAUUCCUGUUUGUUUUGUAUUUAUUAACUUGUUUCUUAUUUAAUUAUUUAUAUAUUUUUACGUGAAACGUGUUAAUAUCAGCUGGAUCUACAGUUCUGCAGAGUUUAGAUAAAAGAAAUAAAGUGAAAUAAAGAGCACAGAACUUCUGUGACAUUUGUGGAAAUGUAUUUGAAGGUGUUGUACAGGACAUUCAGAUGUCGUCAGGUUUUUGUUUUACCACGUACCUUUCAAAUUUGUAUUUUGUACAUUUUAUUUACCAUACCGUGCUGCUCAAUACUGAUGGUAAAUGUUGAUCGUGUGAUUUUAAUGUGUAUAUUUUAUUUUGUUUCAUGCAACUAUAACCCUCCAUGGCCAUCAUCAACACACAAAAAAAAGAAUACAAAAAUAGUUGUGAAAGAAAUUCUACAUAAUCAAGUGAACAAGAUCAUUUACUUAAACUCACCAAAGAGACGAAACCACGUUUACCAACAUCCAGAGUUUCUAUCAUCUACAUAUUUCUAUUGUCGCCACUGCACUUUGUAAACCAACUUCUUGUUAAUGUUCUUUUCUACAUCGUUUAUUGUACAUGAUCCAAUGUAUUCAAUUGGGAGUGAUGUCAGAUUUGGAAACUUGGAACUGAACAGUUGACCUGCUGAUCUUAUGGAGAACUCUUCGUCGAACCACCCAUGUUGCCUUACAAAACGAAAGGAAGUGCAUUUCUUUAUUUGUGAACAGGAAGUUAAUGUCUCUGUCAAUGAUGUAUCAUGGUGUUAUUGCUAUAUAUUUGUACAUACACACAUGAAAGGAAGAAAAAAAAAAUACAUUGAUUUGAAUUAAAAUCAAAAUCUCAUUCUC